CCACCUGGAGCUCCUCUUGUAGUUUCCCUACAAAGGGAACUCGAGGUGGUUUUCUCGGGAUGAUAACUUUUAUGUGGUCAGUCGCUCGAGGGGGGCCUCGACAAUCAUGAGGUGCGCCAGCGACCGGUGUCCAGCGCACUGGAUACUGCGGGAUGGAAUUUAUUACUUUAAGUAAUUCAAAAACUGCGAUUUCGACACUCAACGUUUAAAGCUGGACCGACGAUUGGGCAGCACAAUCAUUCCCCUACUCCCUGGGUGCUUAAUUGCAAUACAAUGUUCCAGGAACUAAAGAGGAGGGCUUCAGAGGAGAGUAUUCCUCUGAAUGCCAUAUAUGAGGAAGAAGCUGCCAGAUAUCCGGAUGCUGCAUCUCACCUGCUCUACGAGAGUGUGCUGCCAUCGAUGCGGAAGUGGAGGAGAAACUCACAGCCGGCUCAGCCACGCACCUUGGAGGAAUAUGCGGUGGCCUUAUCAGGCCAUCGCUUGUUAAGUCCUGCUCUUUUCGCCACUGUGUCGGUGGCGGAAGGAAAAGCUGUCAUAUUAGUCAUGCGCGGUUUCGAACGUUGCAUCGCUGACAGUGAAGUGCUAGUCAUCGAUGGAACAUUCCUGACUGUCCCAGCUGGAUUGUCAAUUUGCCAAAUUUUAACGGUACACAGUAUAAUUGCUGGACACAAUUUUCAUCCUGCUGUAGUCCUGAUGCAGAACCGUCCUCUGUAUGAGGCAGUUUUCCUUAGAAUUUGGCAAGCAGCUGGCAAUCCAAGACCACAACAAAUUAUAACAGAUUAGAGAGUGCAAACGAGCAGAUUGUUGGACGUAGGCGUUGAGGCUGUUGUAGAUAACGUCCCAGAAUUCGCUCAAGAAGUUGUCAUUGCAGACAACAUUGAGCAGGUAGCACCGGAGGUGGUCCAGGCUCCUAUUCUGGAACCCGCCGAUGUCCUGCCCGCGUCUCCCCCCCGCCACGAUAAUGAUCGCGAACCUCAACCCCUUCAUUGCAACAUCUGUGCGACUAACCCACUCGAAGUGGUGUUGAUCCCAUGCGGUCACACGCAAUGCCAAACUUGUCUGGACCGUUUGUUUGAAUUAAAUUAUGUAAUUUGCCCAGUCUGUCGCUCUAAUGUUCAAUUUUCGAAUCGAAUUUUUUUUAAGAAAUGAGGGGAGCGACUAGAUACUUGUAAUGGGUAUUGUAAAUAUAGCUUGUAAACCUUUUACAAGUAUGUUAGAGAUAAAUUUUAUUUUCAUUUAAUUUAAAUUAAUUAUUAAGAGAUACUAAACUCGGAUUCGAGAAUGAAAGUGAAUAGUCAUUACUCCUAAUAUAACCUAAAAGAAUCAGUUACUAUAAAAACACAAUGUAGAACAAAGUCCUAAAUUAGACGAUCACAUA